AUGGCUACAGAUCCAGAUGGCGACUCUCAAAUGGCCUCCUCUCCCGAAUCCCACCACUCCCUCUCCGACGUCGACGACUCGCAGCCCGGCACCCGCACCCCGACCCGCCUCUCCCAGGCCACCCAUCCACAGUUCGCAGGCGCCUCGGAGCUUUCUCCGCCAGGCUCACAGACUCAGAGCACUGCUGUGAGGCCGGAUCUCGGGAACAUCAUACCUGCCACUGAAUCGGGGACGGCAGACUUGACACAGCAGCCCGCGGCCUCGUGGAUGACCAAACGCGCGGAAGAAGAGUAUCAGCGGGCGAUGGAAUAUGUUAUUGAUCAGGAUUUCAGUCUUGAUGAGUUCGGGGAUCCAUUCGAUGAGAGAGAUAUGAAGGAGAAGCUGCUAUAA